AUGCUCCACAAGUUCGCGCUCGCGUUCAAGACCAAGACCAUCGAGUUCUUCGCCGAGGAGGAGGAGGACGAGGACGCCGACCGAUUCGCGCGCUCGCCGGCGCCGGGGGCGGAUGGGGUCCUUGCCGGGCAGCGGGUGGUCGUGCUGAAGGCUGACCCGCUGCUGAACCCUAACCCUAGCGCGGAUGGGGAGGGGAAGGCGGCGUCCGGGCAGGAGGCCGCCGUCGCUGCGGCGCUCGCGACGGCCUCGUCGUUCCAGGCGGCGUACCUGCACCUGCAGGCCGCCCACGCGCCGUUCCUGCCCGAUGCGGCGGUGGCCGCGGACACCGCCGCGGUCUCGCACCUCCGGCGGCUGUCGGAGCUCAAGUGGAUCGCGAGGGGCGGGCCGGCGGACCCGCCCUCGCCGGACGGGGACGGGGAUGGGACGCUCACGGCGCACCUCGAGGCCCAGGUGUGCGAGAACCAGGCGCUGCUGCGGUCCUUCGACGCUGUGGUGAACCGCCUACAGGCGGCCCUCGACGCCAAGGACGCCGCGGCUAUCGCGCUGCGGCUGGACCUCGAGGCGGUCGACGACGGCAACGCGUGGCUCGCGGGCCGCCUCGACCGCGCGCUCGCGCCUCCGCCGGGCGGCGACGCCGUCGGCGCGAUGCUGUCCGCGGGCGUCUUCGACUCUGUCCUCCGCGACGCGCUCCACGUCGCCCACCGAUUUGCCCGCGCGCUUGCCAAGGUCCUCCGGUGCGCUGGGUGGGACCUGGCCGCGGCUGUAGAGGCUGCCUACCCUGGUGUCUCCUACUCCAAGGCCGGCCACUGCCGCUACGCGCUCCUCUCCCACGUCUGCCUCUCCAUGUUUGACGGAUUCGACUCCUACCAAUUCGGCGCCACAGCUGGCACCACAGAGCUCCGUGGUCUGCUCCCUCGUCGCGCCGCCGGCCUGCGGCGGCGGUGGGGAGGAGGUCGCGUGGUGCGAGAUCAGGCGCAAUGCCGGGGACGCGUCGUCCGCCACGAUUCGGAACCUCAGGUGCUCUAUCCCUGCCUGUGCGGAUUGCGUCGAUGCCGUUUUCGUGUUCUUGUGGAUUCUCUGACUCUGGUGCCGUGUCGUGUAAGACUCAGUUGUUUCACUGCGUGUCCUUGCAAGACGAGUGACAAAAUGUCAGAAAAAGGCAACUGA